AAUCAAAGGGAGUCUAUCCCGUCGAUGGCGCGAUCCUCUUUUCCCGGCUUCAUCUUCGUUCUCCAGCGGAGUCUUCUCCCCUGGACUGGCUCUGCCAGCUGUCUUGGGUUGAAGCAGACCGGGCCUCGCAUUGUGGGCCGGCCCAUGUUCAAGCAUUUUCUGUGUGCCUGACCCGGAAUCUGCUAAAUGAUUGAUUUAGGCCGCCCGCUAGAUAUCGGCCCAUCACAAGCCCCCCAACUCCUCAUUCCUCGACUGGGCCACAUUGAGGGAUGGGGAGUUUACGAGGUCUAUGUGGGCGUUCCGGCACGGAUCCGGGCCGUUCCUUGGGUUUCGCGUGACGUUCGGCUCGAUCUCCACUAAAAGAUGCAAGGAUGUAGGGGUGAAGCCUACCCUUGACCACUUCUUUUUUACCUUCAAGCUGACCAAGGGUCAUAAGGAUUGGGCGUCCUAUGCCAGUCUUUCCCAGAGGUCCAGCAAACUUUUCACCAGUGACAAGAAGGGGUCGACUAAGGAUUGGAAGCCCUUCUUUGUUUUUGUCUCGACGGGACCCGAAUCUCCUUUCACGGGUUCAGGGCUCCCCUCCUUCCGUCGCAUCCCAUGUCCCCCAUCCGACGCCACCCUCUUUUCCAUCACCCGUCAACUCUGCGGUAAAGGGGCCGUCAAUAUCAAGGAGGUGGUGACCGAGGAGUCUCUUGCCGAGCUGGGGUUUGAGUUCGUCCAGGACGAGCUUCGCCACCAACCCGACCUACUAAGGGAUACUCCCGGGGGACCUCAGCCUGACCAGCUAAGGGACAUUCAUGAGGGAGGUCUUGACUGUGGUCCUUUUGGUACUUUCCUUCUCUUUUUGUCAAGGAAUUCAUAUUUGCUUCCUUUGGAGGCUAACCACUUCCUUUGUUUUCAGUUGAGCCACAAGGUGACCUACGAGGUGGCAACCGAGGGUCGCUCAACGAGGUUCAGCAUUCCUCCCCCCUCCCCAAGUCUAAGGGACGCACAGCUGGAGGUCGUGGUCACCCUAUCCGCGCAAGACCGGGCUCGCAUCUCGGCCGGUUCUGAGGAGGACCUCAACAACAUGGUUCUCCUGAAACUUAGCCAGGCCACGUUGGGGAUGAUCGAGCUUGUUGGCCGGAGGCAAGACCGCCAAGCGGCGAUAGAUGCAGAAAGGAAGGUCGCCCGCCUCGCAAGAGAGUUGGAGGAGGAAAAGGGUCGCUCUUCCGCCCUUGAGACAGAGAAAGCCUCCUUGUCUUCAGAAGUGGGGUCCGUUUCUGCCCGCGUAGCUGAGCUGGAGGGGGAUAGUACCGAUCUGAUUCAACAGCUGGAGGUGGAGAGGAGCGAUCAGGUCCGUCGCGUGAAAGAGGCGAUCGAGUCGUUCAAAUCUUCUCCUGAUUUUGCUGCGGUCGCUAUGGAGCGGAUGGACAAGCUGGUGGUCGAAUGGUUCGACACCGAGCCCGGGGUCCAAUGGAUGGUCAAGGAGGGAACGAAGUCCUUCAACUGCGGACUCUUUCGUGCCCAACAAGUUUUUCGCAGCAAACUAGCUCGGCUCCCCAAAGGAUUUUCCUUCCCCGACCUUGGUCUUCCUCCCCCUUGCCAUGCCUUGGCUGAGUUCGACCCUAGUCCUUACCUGGACGAGGGGAGCUCGAGUGCCUCUGACGAGGAAGAAGAAGAAGCUAUGGACGACCAAGGUGGGCAAGGCGACCAGGAUCCUGCGGCCAACCAAGCCGCGUCCAAGGCGGGUGGAAGCGCCAGCUCGGGCAUCUGAUUUACCUCCCUUUUUCUUGUCUUUUUUACCUUUGAACUU